CCCCAGGCCCCCUUUGUCUCUCUCUAACCCCAAAAUCUGCCUUGGAUUUUCCGAGCUUUAGUUCAAAACCCCAAACACCAACUUACCCUAGUCUCAUUGCCCCUUUCUUCCUCUCUCUCUCUCUCUCAACUACAAUGGCUUCUCCAACUCUACUCCACUACCUCCUCUGCUUCUUCCUCGCCUUCCUCGUUCUGGGCCCUGACGGCUCUUCCGCCGUGGCCCAGCUCGACGAAGCGAGCUUGAAGCUAGUAACCGACAAUUUGGACCUUGCUAGCGCAAUGUCGAUGUAUGAACAACUGAACGAGGAGGAUAACGAGGACGAUGAGGAUGAGAUAGACGUAGAGAAUGGAUACGGGCGUAGAUCUCUGUUCUGGAGGAGAAUGAGGUACUACAUUUCUUACGGGGCGCUCUCGGCGAAUAGGAUCCCAUGCCCGCCUCGGUCCGGGAGGUCUUACUACACCAACAACUGCUUCAAGGCUAGAGGCCCAGUUCAUCCUUACACCAGAGGCUGCUCUAGGAUCACUCGCUGCAGAAGAUGAAGUGUUCUUUGAAAAUGCAGGUCCAUUUGGUAAUUUUUCUCUUGUGUUCUUCAGCUGGGUUUGUUGGGUGGUCUUGAGUGUUAGUAGUUUAAGUUGUUGUGUAUUAGGGUUUGAGGUUGUAGCUACUUCUGGGCAUCUACUUGUUGCUUCAGGACUAAGAUUGUGAUGCUGUGUUUUGUAGAUCUAGCUACUUAUGUAAUUGUAAUAUGCUACAUUGUAUUUGUUGGAUUAUGAUUAUAUUGAGCUUGUAGUUGGUAUUAGCAAGAA